CUUGCGAUGUGCGAGACGGCUGCUGCACAGAACACCCAGUCUUCGAUACGUUUAUCCUGAUAAGCCAACGGAUUUUCAGUGUCAGCUUGACAACUACCGUUGAUUAGUUGGCGCGCUAUCUCCGUCACGUAACGCAAUUGUGUUUAGUUGCGGAUUCAACCUCUUCUUGCUAAACGGGAUCCCGUAUGUUGACACCCGGCGGGAGCUUGCGGGACAUACUUCUUCCCGCGCUAUUCUCGUUGUUCUAAGCUAGCUGCAAAGCAAGACAGGGGGAAAAAAGGGGGGAGCCCGGAAACGCUAUUAGGUAUUUACGAUGCGGUGGAUAACGUUUGACACGUCCGCUGAUGGGAUAUUCAGCCGCGAAUUGUGUCUCGAAGACAGCGAGUUUUUACGUUCGCACAUUGACACUUUCAAGUGCAUGUGGCACGAACAGACUCGAAUAUAUUGGGUACGGAUGAUUAUAAGUCUAAGAGAAUACGUGAGAAAACACGUCUUUACAAGUGAAUCUCUGGAAGGGCUCGGUGCACCUCGACAAAUUUUCGAGAUGUUAGUAGAAUAUUCUUACAUAAACAUCUGCUCAAGUUUUACGCAAGAAACUUUUGGAAGAGCCAAGGAAUUCCUAAUGGCCAUUAUACACGUUGCGGCAAAUCAAAAUAUGAGUGGCAGCAUAGGAGCACGACCACUGUCAAACGACCCGUUCUACAACAAAUUUACGAGAGAUUCUUAUAGAACAGUAUUUGGCCAACCUUCUAAUGUACUCAGGAUGAAGUUACAGGUGUACGCAACUGCGCCGCUGUACAGCCGUUUUGCGGCAGGCGUUGUUGCCGUGCUGAAGCAGUGGAUAAAGGCCACCGACUGCACCCUUAAGCACUACUACCUGAACUUUACCUCCAACCCCUACUGGUCCAUCCCCGAUGACUUCUGCCCUCAAAAACCGUUUUUCAACUAUGUCGACGAAUACUGCUUCGGGUGGCAGAACCCAGACUACGAUGAAGUCGGGGAGGUCAUGCGCAAGGCGCCCGACCGUGCUGCAGAGUUUGCGGAAGUCGUCGCACUGCUGCCCAGCGAACUCAUGGAUAUCGAGGAAUAUAUGAGUGAUGACUGCAGUGAGUACAGCUCCUGCAGCGAUGAUGAGCAUGGCAUCAAGAACUGGAGCAGCAUAAUGUUUGCCGUGAGCGAUCACAUCAUGGAGAACUGUUCAUUCCACAUUUCUCGACAGUGCAGCACCUGUAGGGCUCACGGCACGUUCUCGGAUGAUUCCGAGCCGGACGACUCGGACUUGGACGAUGUUGGGGACAAGAACUGCAUGUUCUGGAACCGGCGUGAGGUCAUAGUCAUACUGCAGGCUGCAGAGAAGAUGUUCAGGGAGAGAAUGCUGGACGAAGUCCUGAAAGCUCAAAUCGGUGAAGCUUGCACCUGUGAAGCGCAAGCCGACGGCAGCACGUCAGAUGCUUCCGUUCCACGGAAGAAAAAGAAGUCCAAAAAGAAACUCUCCGUCACCCUCUCCACCAAUGUCACGUCGACAGGGAAGCGACCGCAACCCACCUUGAUGAAGAAUGGCGCGGAUCCUCUGCCACCAAGGUCUCGAGCCGAGGUGAUCAACCUCGACGAAGAGGACAAAGCCAGCAAGCUCACCACCGCCCUAGAAGGACUCAUGUUGAAGAUAGAAGGGAGUGGCGAAGCCACGUCCACUGCCCAGCAACCUGAAAAGCCUCAGGAAACACCGAAGCCUCCGCAAAAGGCAUCAUCGUCAAAAGCCAAGUCUAAGCCAGAACAGAUGCCAGCACCAGCGAAGAAAGUCCAGGUUGCAGACAAGAAAUCGUCAGCCAAGGCUGCCCCUGCCGCACUAAAAACUGCACAGCGGAAGUGUGCCAAGUGCGGCAAAAGCGAAGACGUCAAGCUCAAAAAGUGUGCACUGUGUGUCCAGCAGAAGAUGGACCCGGUGUAUUACUGCUCCAGGGAGUGUCAAACGGAAGACUGGGACGAGCAUCAAACAGUUCACAUGGAAGACCUCAACUAAGCCCUGCAAGCACCGAAAGAAUUAAUAAAAUUGCGCUUUAACAUUUCGUUUCAACAUCUUU